AUGACAAUCAUUGUAAUGUUUUCCAAAUUUCAAGUUGAUACUUUUGUUAUGGAGCUUAUCGACCCUAGGGAAAAUUUUCUUAUGUUAAACAUAAUCACCUGCAACAGGCAUUGUGACUUGAAGCCUGGUACUGAAGUGAAGAUCACAGGAACUGUUGGGAAAGAGAUGCUUAUGCCAAUAGAUCCAAACGCCACCAUCAUAAUGCUUGCAACUGGAACUGGAAUUGCUCCUUUCCGUUCAUUCUUAUGGAAGAUGUUUUUUGAAAAGCAUGAUGACUACAAUUUUAAUGGGUUGGCUUGGCUCUUCUUGGGUGUUCCCACCAGUAGCUCACUCCUCUACAAGGAGACAAGCUUUCUUAACCUUUACAUAUUCAUUUAUUCUUUCUCUGUCUGGAAUAUAUAG